UCCUCGCCCUCGCCGCAAACAACCUUGCUCGCUUUUUUUCCCACCAAAAACCCUAGCCACUCCCAGAUUCGUCGCCGCCGACGACGAUGCCGCCCAAGGCGUCCAAGAAGGACGCCGCCCCCGCCGAGCGCCCCCUCCUCGGCCGCUUCUCCUCCCACCUCAAGAUCGGAAUCGUUGGGUUACCAAAUGUUGGCAAAUCCACCUUCUUUAACAUAGUGACAAAGCUGUCUAUCCCAGCCGAGAAUUUCCCUUUCUGCACCAUUGAACCAAAUGAGGCACGGGUUAAUGUUCCAGAUGAGAGAUUUGAUUGGCUUUGCCAACUUCACAAGCCAAAGAAUGAGGUGUGUGCAUAUCUGGAAAUCAAUGACAUAGCUGGGCUUGUUAGAGGAGCCCAUGCGGGGGAGGGUUUGGGCAAUGCCUUCCUAUCCCAUAUACGUGCUGUUGAUGGAAUUUUUCAUGUAUUGAGAGCAUUUGAAGACAAAGAAGUUACUCAUAUUGAUGAUUCAGUGGAUCCUGUUAGAGAUUUGGAAACUAUUGGCGAAGAGCUGAGACUCAAGGAUAUAGAGUUUGUGCGUAACAAAAUUGAGGACCUUGAGAAGUCAAUGAAGAGAAGCAACGAUAAGCAGCUGAAAAUUGAGCAUGAAUUAUGUGAGAAGGUCAAAGCCCAUCUCGAAGAUGGAAAAGAUGUCCGCUUUGGAGAUUGGAAAAGUGCUGACAUUGAGAUCUUGAAUACCUUCCAGCUACUGACAGCUAAGCCGGUUGUCUAUUUGGUGAACAUGAGUGAAAAGGAUUACCAGAGGAAAAAGAACAAGUUCCUGCCUAAGAUACAUGCUUGGGUGCAAGAACAUGGUGGUGAAACUAUUAUUCCUUUUAGCUGUGCUUUUGAAAGGAACCUAGCUGAUAUGCCGCAGGAUGAAGCUGCUAAAUAUUGUGCUGAAAACCAAAUAACAAGUGUGAUCUCAAAAAUUAUCAAGACUGGUUUUGCAGCAAUCCAUCUUAUAUACUUUUUUACUGCUGGCCCUGAUGAGGUAAGGUGCUGGCAGAUCAGGCGCCAAACUAAAGCACCUCAAGCUGCUGGUACAAUUCACACUGAUUUUGAGAGAGGCUUCAUAUGCGCGGAGGUAAUGAAGUUUGAGGAUCUAAAAGAACUGGGCAGUGAAUCUGCUGUGAAGGCUGCUGGAAAGUACAGGCAGGAAGGGAAGACCUACGUGGUACAGGACGGGGACAUCAUCUUCUUUAAAUUUAACGUGUCUGGAGGUGGAAAGAAGUGAUUUACUGUUUGAAGGACGUUCAACGGAGUGGCCUGCACUUAGUUUUGGAGUUCUACACAUCUAUCUUUGUAGCAAUAACAAGUUAUGAUUCGAUAUUUUGUACCAUGAGGACAUAAAUUAUCCAGGGAUUGUAUAAUGAGCCUUCAAAGUUCAAAAUCAUUGGGAAAAAAUGUACGGUCUUGCAAUCCAGUAUCUUGGCAUGUUUUUGUCUU